AUGCGCUUCGCUAUCGCUGCUGCUGCCCUGACUCUGGCGGGCACCGCUCUGGCCGCCGAGCCCGUCGCCCAGGUCUUCCUGAGUACCCACGACGUGUGCCACGAGGGCGACAUGCCCAAGAAGGAGUACAAGUCGGACAAGAUGGCCCAUGCCUCGGCCACCCGGGACGGCUGUGCCAAGAUGAAGAUCAACCACUCCAAGGACCUUCAGACCACCGGCUUCAGUGUCACGAUCCAAUCCAUCACCCACCCGACGACCCUGGACUGCACCAGCGUCGGCAUCUACGCCAACGACCGGUGUGUCGGUGAAGCCGACGUCGUCAUCCCCUGGUCCUACGACGAGGUUAUCACUCAGAGCCAGUGCUUCAGCAGCCUGCCGUUCCAGGACACGAAGUACCUCUCCGUCAAGCUCUUCUGCCAGGACGAGCCUACUGGACGUGACGGCGACGAGGACGCUACGACCAUCGCGGAUCUGGCCAAGGCCCGGGCCGCGCAGGCUAAGGCUGACGGCAUGGCUGACUCUGAUUAA